CGUAGACCAGUUUGUUUUAGUACGAUAUGCCUUUGCGCAUGCUUUGAAGUGCUAAAUUCGGUUUCAUGGCUGAAGAAUGUAAACUCAAAUAUAGGCUUUGGAAAAAUGGAUUGAAUAACCAUAUAGAAUGGUGCUGAAAAUGAUUACUCUGAUGCACCAAUCAUGGUGGAAAUGAAAGAUUUAUUUAUGAUGUUUGUCUGUAUCAACAUAUGUAAGAUUUUUCUGUUCAAAGAGGUUAAUGCGAUUGACAAUCGACACUGUGCCGUAGCUUUAGAUACAAUGAGGAUCGUAAAGAAGUGUCCCUUAAACUUAAAAGAGAUAAAAGAAGCAAGCAAGAGAAAAAAAUGCGAUAUCUUAGCUAAAACACAAAACUGUACCGAACCUGAGAAAUUCAAAUAUCAUUGUGUUGUGAAUGGUAAAAGAACUGCAUUCGUGGAGGUGUGUGCACCAGAAAGAAGAAUGAAUGGAUUCUGUGCAGAAUUCAACAUACUUGGUGCAAGAAUUCAGGAUCAAUAUAGGACAGAAUGCAAACCAUCAUGUCCGGAUUUUUACCAGUCAACAGAAGCAUACAAAUAUGGAGAAUGCUAUAACUUAACGUUUGACAAAAUCUCAACGGCAUCCAGUACGUUUCCCAAUACACCAGAACUAAAAGAAGAUACACAAGAACUACAAGAAGACACACAGGAAUCUAGAAAACUUUUAAUUACCAUACUUUCUCUUGUAAUUCUGAUAAUUCUGCUUUUUCCUGUGGUUAUUGGAGUAAUACUAAAGAGAACAAAGGAAAAAAGAAUAUGUAGGACCAUGGAAAUUGAAAUGGACAGGCUGAAUAUAUAGAAGUUACUAUAUAGGGAACAGCUGGGUGAUAGAAAAUCCAUCAGAAGUUCAAACAUCUGUAAUUAUAUCAGGAAAAAAGUGACAACAAAUGACAACAAUAAUGCAAUUAAGAUAUAAAAAUGUGUCUAAGGAAUUUCACUUAAUGGAGAAUAUUAACAGAAAGAAAUCUAUUUACAUUGCUUUUUCAAGGUUUACUCCUUUUGGAAAAACUUU